UUUAAACACACCUCCAAAUGCCUAGACAUUUCUCCCUGUUUUCAUCUGUUCCCACUUUCCUCCUUGCUGCUAUUUUUCUACUUACAACUCCGAUCCAAAUCAAAGCAAUUAACUAAGUAUUUGAUUUUCACUUACAUCUUCUACUUCUCUCCUUGUGUUUAACCAAAGAAAUUUAACGAUGGAUUUGUGUAAUUCUGUACAAACUCGAAAGAAUGUUGGGAAUAAUUUUUUCAAGGGGGAGAAAUUUCUAAGUUUGGGAAGCCCUGUAUUUUUAUUGCUCUAUUCACUCUUUCUAAGUAUGAUUUUUAGCUGCUACAUGCUUCGUUUUCCCUUCAGUCCAAGCAUCAAGUUCCCAAGCAAAGAUUCAGCUCCUCAUACUACCUCCUUACACAUUAGCACUAUUAAUCAGUCUAAACCUUCAGAUGAUAACGGGUCCGAUUGUGACUUGUUCAAUGGUAGCUGGGUUCUAGAGCAGAUGGGUAGUAAUUCCCUGUAUUAUACAAACUUGAGCUGUCCAACAAUCCCUUAUUCGAAAAACUGUUUGUUGAAUGGAAGGCCAGAUGAAGAAUUCAUGCACUGGAAAUGGAAACCUGAACAAUGUACACUCCCUCGUUUCAAUGCAAAUACAUUUUUAACAUUUGUUAAAGGGAAGACGAUGGCCUUCAUAGGUGACUCCCUCGCAAGGAACCAUAUGGAGUCCCUCCUCUGUCUUUUAUCUUCGGAAGAAACUCCGAGAGACAUGUACAAGGAUGUUGAAGAUAAAUUCAGAACAUGGUUGUUUCCUCGUCAUAAUUUUACUCUUAUGGUCCUCCGCACUGAAUUUCUUGUCUUGGCUACUGAGAGAGUUGUCAAUGGUUCAUUCACUGGCGGAUUUGACUUGCAUUUGGACAAAUUGAAUGGCAAUUGGGCUCAACAUUUACCCAACAUAGAUUAUGCUGUUUUCUCUGAUGGACAUUGGUUUCUUCGGCCUAAUUACCUCUAUGAAAAUGGCAAACUUAUUGGAUGUGUUUAUUGUGGAGAAGUAGGGGUUCAAGAUCUUGGCCCUGGUUAUGCUAUCCGAAGAGCAUUCCAAGCUGCUUUCAAAUAUAUAAACGAGUGCGUGGAAUGCUCAGGUAUAGUUGUACUUUUGAGGACAUUCUCGGCCGGGCAAUUCGAGCAAGGAGCAUGGAAUGAAGGAGGAUUUUGCAACAGAACGAGGCCAUUUGCUAGAGAUGAAGUUAAAAUUGGUGAUCAAGAUUGGGAAUUUAGGAGCAUUCAAGUUGAAGAAAUUGAAAGAGCAAGAAAAGGAGGUCAAAAAAUUGGGAACAUGUUUGAACUUAUGGAUGUGACAAGAGCUAUGUUAAUGAGACCAGAUGGACAUCCAGGAGCCUAUUGGGGUAAUAAAUGGAUGAAGGGCUAUAGUGAUUGUAUCCAUUGGUGCUUGCCAGGGCCCAUUGAUACAUGGAAUGAAUUUUUAUUGGAAAUUCUCAGAAGAAGAAUACAACUAACUUUCAAUUCAAGUUCGUCAAGUGAAUUAAAUAGUCUCAUUUUUUAGAUUCAAAAUUUGGUUCUUUGGAUUGAGUUAGGGAGGACUUGUAUCAUGAGGAAUGAAAGUACUGGCUUUCAUCCUAAAUGAGUAACAAGUGUAAAUGAUGUAAUUGGAAAUCAGAAAAUUCAUGUAACAAACUGAAAAUAGUUUCAUAAAGUGGCUUCACUGGAAUGAAGCUAGUGAAGAUAAGUACGUACAGUACAAGAAACCUUAAUAAAAACUUACAAGUAAGAAGUAA